GGAAACAAACUUCUUGAGGAUUUCUUUUGAGAUCAAGCUCCAAGAAUCCCACUUAUUGAUUUCAAGACCUCCCAGCUUUUACUGUUUUUUGACUGAUCUGUCUUUCUUUACUGCAGCCACUGGAGAUAGUGUCGUCACUAUCCCAUAACGAAAAUAAUAUGGAAUACGAUCCUGAUAAUAAAUUUUUUGGUAGGAGAGGGUCCAUAUCGAGAAUGACGAUCAGAAUUACGAUGUUCUGCAAUUUAUUAGGUUAGAAGACGUGGUACAGAAAGAUAAUUGCUUCUUCUUCUAUAUAAUUGGUGGAGAUCUGGUCUUGUGCCGAGAAAUGACCGCAGAUCUCGAGAUCCACGAAGAAAUGCUAGUGAGGCACAUCAGGAAGCAGCUCGCUGCUAUCGUUACGAAGAUCCAUUGGAGCUAUUCGUUCUUUUGGUCUACUUCCACCACGCAACCCGGCGUCUUGGAAUGGUGUGGUGGAUUUUACAAUGGUCAAAUAAAAACAAGGAAGAUGAUUCAACCAAUAGAACUUGAAGCUGACCAAAUGAGCCUUCAGAGGAGCGAGCAACUGAGGGAAUUGUAUGAAUCACUUUCAUCGGGUGAUAGCAAUCAGCAGAUGAGAAGGGCUUGUGCUGCAUUGUAUCCAGAGGAUUUGACUGAUGCAGAAUGGUACUACUUGACUUGCAUGUCCUUCGUAUUCAAUAUAGGACAAGGAUUGCCGGGUAAAGCAUUUGCGGACAAUCAACACAUCUGGUUGAACGGUGCUCAAUUUGCAAAUUGCAAGAUGUUUUCACGCUCUCUUUUAGCAAAGAGUGCAUCUAUUCAGACUGUGGUGUGCAUCCCUAUCAUGGAUGGUGUACUAGAGCUCGGAACAAAUGAUCUAAUUUUGGAGGAUCCUGCCAUCAUAGAGAAGAUCACAAGUUCUCUCUGGGAGCUACCAAAUCCGAUUUGCUCUGAGCAAUCUAUAUCCGGUCGUCGAAUGCCUGAGAACGACGAAGAUAAUUUAUGCCCUAAUCUUGAUAAUAACAUAGAUGACUGUAUCGGCUUGGAGGACCAGAAUCUGAUCGCUGAUCCUCAAACCCAAUUGGGCAAUGGUCCGACACACAUUCCAUUUCAUUUGUAUGCCUCUAUCGAACAAACAGAACCAGUCCGAUGCAGGGACGAAGAGCUACAUACAAGCAUACGUGAAGAACUAAUUGUAGGUUCUUCAGAUGGUAGUUUAAAUGAUGGCUGCCCCACGCAAAAGGUAGAAGAUGCAUUUGGAGUUGAUGGGCUAAAUGACAUAUCUCAGACUCAGAGUAGGCAGUUUAUGGAUGAUGAGUUUAGCAAUGUCCUACAUGGCUAUUUGGAUUGUGAUGUGCAUGAACCGAUGUCUUUCGUUAAUGCUCGGAGAGUUGUCUCUGGAACUGAGGGAGGAAGAAAAGACAACCAGAUUCUUGACGGUGUUCAACAGAGAAGCCUUAGCAGGAUAGUUCCACUGGAUCUUGAUGGUGAUGAUUCACACUCUGCAAAGACAGUUGCUGUCAUUUUACAGAAUUCAAAACAUGUAAAACCAGUUUCAAGCUGCCCGAAGAUUUCUCAUAAAUCCAGUUUUGCAAUCUGGAGAAUUGAUAUGAACCCACCAAAACCAUUCACUAGCAUGUCUCAGAAGCUCUUAAAGAAACUUCUAGUGGAUAAAACAUGGUUGCAUGACGGACGCCUGCAGAGUCAUCAAGAAAAUGGGAUGCAGGAAAAAACUUGCAAGCCAGAGGGAGAGUCCGGUGUACGUCAUGUCUUAUCAGAGAGGAGGAGAAGAGAGAAGUUGAAGGAGAAAUUUCUUGUUUUGAGAUCACUUAUUCCGUCUAUCAGCAAGGUCGACAAGGCAUCCGUCCUUGGUAACACCAUAGAUUAUCUGAAAGAUCUUGAGAGAAGAGUGCUGGAGUUGGAAUCCAGCCAGGAGCCAGCGGAGCUUGAGAUUGCAGAGAGCAGGAAGCAUCCUGAUGUAGCAGAGCGAUCAUCUGAAAAUUACAGAAAUAAAGAGAUCGUAAAUGGCGAGAAAUCUUUAGCAAAGAAGCGGAAAGUAUGUGACGUCGAUAGAUCAAAUGCCGAGCACCUCUGGAUCUUGACCAAGGAUGGUCCAAUCGAGGUAAACGUCACCAUGAAGGACAAAGAGGUUUUGGUAGAGAUUCACUGUCCAUGGAGGGAAUGCUUGGUGUUCGAGAUAGUGGAAUCCAUAAGCAACCUCCAAUUGGAUCUGCUAUCGGUGCAAUCUUCCACUGUCGAUGGCUUGCUUUCCCUGGCAAUAAAAUCCAAGUUUAGAAGCACCAGUGUUGCCUCCCCAGGAAUGAUAAAGCAAUCACUUCAAAGAGUGAUGGGAUUAUUAUAGCUGGCGGCAUGCUCUUCCCUAAUGACAGCAGGCCAUUGAGCCCUUACAGAUCUUUCUUCAGGUCAACUGAGCACCAGUGUCUGUCAUGUAAGUAUGUGCAGGUUCUCCUCGAUCUUCACGGAAAAUGAAAGCUAAUGGAGUACACUCGGGAAGUAGCUUGCAAGGGAUGAGCAUUUGGUUAUACAUAUGACUCAGAAGAUGGAUGAAAACAUAAUUCAGUGGACAGAAAAGACAGUAGAAAACCUAAAGCAGUUGUCAAUCUAUAAUGUGGAAAGAACAAUGAAUAGGUACGAGUGUCAAUGUUGUCCUUGUUGUUCUUAGCACUAUGGUUCCUGGUUUAGCAUCCUCCUCUCGUGGUUACUGCACAACAUAUUAUUCAUUGUUUUAUGUUCGCCAUCAAA